AAGCAAUUCAAAUUCCGUUUGACGGCCCUGUAACUUCAGAAAUCUCGUUUUCUUCCUCUUUUGUAAAUCAAUGGCGUUUAGGAGAUCCCUUGCUCAACGCUUACUCAAAUUUACCAAAUUCUCUUCGCCGGCUCCUGCCAAUGGCCGUUUGUCUUCUUCCUCUGUUCAUCCUCGAAUACCCACGAGCCCCAGCAAUCCUGACAUUGCUCCGGAUCCGGGAGAUAAAGGCAUCUUCCUUCGUUUCUUGCACAAGCGGUCGCUGUUUCAGCCGGAGCGCCGAUCGCCAUUGCUGGGGGAUGGCGUUGUUGAUCAGCUCAAGGCUAUUAGCGCUGCUGGAAAUCGCAUUCGAUUGGACGGUUUGGUUCCUCCGCCGGAGAAUGCGAAUAUGGCUGUUGGGGAUGCGAGGAAACUGUUGAGGGCUGCGCAGCUGGAGUUGGUGAAAUCGAAGCUGCGGGAGAUCCAGGAGAGCUGCAUACCGUAUUCGGAGUUUCUUCAGAUCUGCGCCGAAUAUUGCUCGGAUGAGGAUCAAGCCAAACGAACGGCUAAGAUGCUUGAUGAUUCUGCUGCUGUAAUUGUCUUGGGAGAUGUCGUGUUUCUGAGGCCGGAAGAGGUAGCAAAAGCCAUUCAACGUCUGCUCCCAAAGACAACGGGGAAGACAUAUGACCCAGAAGUGGCCAGAAAGGAGCUUGAAGAACUGGAGAAACAGAAGGCAGCCAUAGACACAAAAGCUGACGGCUUGGUUCGGCGUGAGCUGUGGGGAGGGCUGGGUUACCUGGUGGUGCAAACAGCACUGUUCAUGAGGCUCACUUUUUGGGAGCUUUCAUGGGAUGUGAUGGAGCCCAUUUGCUUCUAUGUUACGUCCAUCUACUUCAUGGCUGGCUACGCCUUCUUCCUCAGAACCUCCAAAGAACCAUCUUUUGAAGGUUUCUACCAAAGCCGUUUCAGCUCCAAGCAGAAACGCCUCAUGGAACGCUACCAGUUCGACCUUGCCAGGUAUAAUCAGCUCAGGGCUGCUUGCUCCCACUCUUCGCCAUCACCUUCGGCUUCCAAGUUGGGUUCUUCCGUUGCUUCCCAUCCCCCGUUUCACAAUUCUCACAGCGAUGAAUUCCAUUUGUAGAACAUACUGACCAUUAUUGAUUUUUCAUGUAUUGACCGCCUCUUAUGAUUUGAAAAUAUAGAAGGAAAGAAAAAGGAAAAACCUUGGACCCGGCGGCGGAGUCUUUUUUAGGAUAUCAUUACAAAGCAGAGGAAAAAUUCGAAAAAUGCAUGACUAAAAUGUAGGAGCGGCUUUAUGUAGCGACAAAAGCAGAGUGUUGUAAUUAUUGUUCAACUUAAGGAAUUGUAACAGCAAAAAAAUGCCAAGUGUUCCCAAGCUAUUUCGCUUUCA